AUGCCCCCCAAAUUCAAAUUCACGGAAGGUGAAAAGGUACUUUGUUUUCAUGGGCCACUCUUGUACGAAGCCAAGCUGCUAAGAAGCGCAAUUAUGAAAGAAAAACAGGUUAAGUACCUGGUUCAUUAUGCCGGUUGGAACAAGAAUUGGGAUGAAUGGGUUCCCGAGAGCCGUGUCCUGAAAUUCAACGAAGCAAACCGGCAACGACAGCAGGAAGUACACCGGUUGCACUCACCUCUAGUAAAAAACAAGAAAAACAGUGCGAAAGCUAAGAAAUCAGACGCUCAGGGUGGUAGUAGUAAUCAAAGCAAAGAUAGCGACUCUCGAGCUUCGACACCAUCGAAGGAAGUUUCGAAGGAAAAAGAAACGACGACACUGCCAGUUACUGCAUCUGCUUCAACUGCAACAACAACCACAUCGAACGCAACGGCUGGAGGAUCGUCAGGAAAUGCAUCUUCUACAGGGAGAAAUAGAUCAUCCCAGAAAACCACAGUCACAAGUGCGAGCGUCUCUUCCUCACCUGGUUCGACAUCGUCUUCUACGUCAUCCUCUGUACCGGGACCAGCAGCGGCUGCCACUACGGGCGCAGCAACAAGCACAAAAGAAGGAAAAUCUACGGAAGGCAAAGAGCCAACAGAGAAACUGAAGGAAGAGUCAGCCAGUGAACAAAGCAACUCGAAAGUAAAAAAGCGCGGUCGAAGUGAUACAAAUUCGUCCAAUGUGGAGUCGGAGGAUCAGUUUAUGUCGAAGGUGGAGGUGAAAAUUAAAAUACCUGACGAGCUGAAAGUAUGGCUGGUGGACGACUGGGAUGCGAUUUCGCGUCAAAACAAGUUGCUUGAGUUACCUGCGAAGGUAACAGUACAGGAGAUAGUGGACAACUACGUACAGUACAAAAAACAGAGCAAGGUUACGACCGCUACUAAGGAAACGGCCGUGGCAGACAUUGGCAAUGGUAUAGUGGAAUAUUUUAACGUCAUGUUGGGGUCCCAGUUGCUGUAUAAAUUUGAAAGGCCGCAGUAUUCGGAAAUCAUUAGCUCACAUCCAGAUGUGCCGAUGGCGAAAAUGUAUGGAUCCGUUCAUCUACUCAGACUGUUUGUGAAGUUGGGACCGAUGCUCGCUUUCACUGCACUCGAUGAAAAAUCCAUUCAAACGUCCCUCGGUCACGUCCAAGAUUUUCUCAAAUAUUUGGUUAAGAAUAGCAGCACGUUGUUCAAUAUGCAGCAUUAUGUUAACACGAGUCCAGAGUACCAUCGGAAAGCAUUGUAA